AUGAGCAAGAGCUUUAACCCACUUGUUGAAGGAGAGGGGGUCGAGAAUCUUUCAUCUGCAGAGAAAGAUCACCCCAAUUUUAUUGAUGAGGAAAGAUAUCUUCAGCUUGGCAAAGGAGGUGGUGCAGCACUUUGUAAGUUUUUACAAAGAAUGCAAGGAAUGAGUAAUGGAUUUUAUUCUGUGAUAAAUUUUAAUCCUGAUAAUAGGUUGAGAAAAUACCAAUUGUUCUUUUUGGGGAUAAGUAGGGCAGCAUAUAAAAGUUUUUGGGAUGUCGUUACAUUUGACAUAACAUACUUGACUAAUAGACACAAAAUACCAAUUGUUGUUUUUAUGGGUGUGAAUCAUCAUGGUCAAUCAAUAUUUUUUGGAGCAGGCUUAAUAUCAAGUCAGGAUGCAUACACAUUUGUAUGGUUAUUUCAAAUAUUUUUGGAAUGCAUGAAUGGCCAAACUCUGAGUGCAAUUGUGACAGAUCAAGAUAAGGCUAUAAAAAGUGCAGUUGCAAUAGUUUUUCCAAGAAUCCGAUAUAGAUUUUGUCUAUGGCGCAUUAUGAGAAAACUCCCAGAAAAGCUUGGAUCGCAUGCACAAUACACUUGUGGCUUAAAAAGUGUCAUACAAAACUGUCUAUAUGAUUCUCAAACUUGUGAUGAAUUUGAGAAGAGUUGGCAAAUGCUACUUGAUAUUUAUAAUCUUCAUGACAAUGCAUGGUUACGUGGUUUAUAUAGUGAAUGGACUUAUUGGGUACCGGCAUAUUUGAAGGAUAUAUUUUGGGCUAGAAUGAGUAUUACACGAAAGAGUGAGAAUGUGAAUACAUAUUUUGAUGGUUUUCUGCACUCAAAGACCACAGUGAAGGAUUUUUUUGACCAAUUUGACAGCAUUUUGAGAAGAAAGAUUGAUAAUGAGGAUAAAGCUGAUUUCAAUUCUUUUAAUAGCAUGAUUUCAUGUAUAUCUCCUUCUCUUAUUAAGAAAAAAUUUCAAGAGAUGUACACCAUUGCAAAGUUCAAAGAAGUCCAACAAGAGUUUGUGGGGAUGAUAUCUUGCAAUUGUUCAUAA